AUAAUAUAGGAAAGGAAAUGGCAGGAAAUGAAAUGAACCCUGUACUUUUGGGAGUCUUCUGUCUUAUGAUGAUUCUCUCAGGAGCUACUCUCGGAGUUGUCCUCAAGUUACAGUCUAAUGUAGAAAUAGAUGGGAAAAAGUUUGAACAUCCCUUCUUCUUAGUGCUUGUCAUGUUUAUAGGAGAAGCACUCUGUAUCUUCUUUUACAUCGGAGAGAAGAUGUACUUAAAAAAUAAGUAUGGGAGCGUUGAAGAAAGCCCAGAAAUGAAAGGAGCUGUUGCCAAAGGGCUAAGAACUGACAUUAACCCUCUUCUUUUAGCCAUUCCAAUGCUUUGUGAUAGUGGAGCUACUGCUUUACUGAUGAUCGCUUAUAUUAACAUCCCUGCAAGUAUUGCUCAGAUGAUGGGAGGGUUUGUUGUUUUCAUUGUUGCAAUCUUCUCCAUUAUCUUUUUGAAAGCGAGGUUCUUCAGACAUCACUGGCUUGGACUUUGCUUUGUCUUUGUUGGAAUUUGCCUUGUUGCUACUGCAGCCCUUAUCGAUAAAAAUGGGGGUGAUGAGAAUGGAAGUGUUGCUCUUGGAGUUAUCCUCAUGGUCUUCUCAAUCGCAGUUCAAGGGUCUCAAUUUAUUGUUGAAGAGAAGCUUCUUAGUUCUUACUACCUCUCUCCAUUUAAAGCUGUUGGAUGGGAAGGUAUCACUGGAUGCUUCCUCUGGUCUGUUCUGCUGAUAAUUUUCCAAUAUAUUCCUUGUGAUGGCACUAUUUGUAACAACGGGAGAGUAGAGAAUACUAGAGUUGCUUUUGAUUUCAUCGGCGAUAGUGUCCCUCUUGUUUUCUUCUUGCUAGGAAAUAUUAUUUUUGUUGCAGGAAUGAACGGUCUUGGUAUGAUUGUAACAAAGUAUGCAUCAGCUGCAACCAGAGUUAUUCUGCAGCAGACAAAGACCGUCCUUGUUUGGAUCUUUUUCCUAAUUUACCCACACGGAGGCCAUGAAAACUUCAAAGUUCUUCAGCUCAUCGGAUUCUUGGUUCUCUUGGUAGGAGUCAUCCUUUAUAACGAAAUUUUGGUUCUUCCAUUCUUAGGCUUUAAUGCUAAUACCAAAAAAGCAUUGGCACAGAAGAAGAUGAGGACAGGUUCUCUGAUUUCAGGCUCUGAGAGAAGCAUGAGCAUUAAAGCUCAAGAAAUGGACCCACUCUUGACUGAAGAACAAACUAAAGGAAAUGAAAAUGGCGAUUAAUUCUUUGCAUGAAAC